UUCAUGAUGUUAUUCCUUGUACUACUCUUUCCUUUUCGUCUGUCAAAGGGAGAAAAUUGCCAUAUUCUAGAAAACCCAGCAAGUCCUUUGUUAUCUAAAGAUGGAGAUGUAAUAAUUGGAGCAAUCUUUUCAAUACAUUCUGGUACACAGAUGCAGUCACUGUCAUAUAUCGAAAAACCUCAGCCUUUAAUCUGCAAUAGAUUUUACCUUCGAGGAUUACGCUUUGCUCAGACCAUGACAUUUGCAAUUGAUGAAAUCAACAAAAGCAAUUACUUGCUCCCAAAUAUAUCAAUUGGUUAUAGGAUUUAUGACAAUUGUGGAUCAAGAUUGUUGAGUAUGAAAGCAGGCAUGGCUUUGAUGAAUGGCAUGGACCUUACAGCAGCUGCUGCCUGCUCUGGACAAGCAGUUGUACAUGCCAUCAUAGGGGAGACAGAGUCAACUCCUACAGUAGCACUCGCAAGAACAAUGGAGCCUUUUAAGAUACCAGUGAUAAGUCACUCUGCCACAUGUGACUGUUUGAGCAACAGAAAAGAGUACCCCUCUUUCUUCAGGACCAUAGCAAGUGACUUCUACCAGAGUAGAGCAAUGGCAUAUUUGGUCAAGCACUUUGGCUGGUCUUGGGUUGGAGCUGUGAACAGUGAUAAUGACUAUGGCAAUAAUGGAAUGGCCAUUUUUUUGAAAGCAGCCAAAGAGGAGGGAAUAUGUGUUGAGUACUCUGAGAAGUUUGACCGGUCAGAUACUGCAAAGAUGAUAAAAGUGGUCAAUAUCAUUAAAAAAAGCACAGCCAAAGUGAUUAUCAUAUUUCUUACCCAAAUUGACAUGAACAAUCUUAUAGACUACCUCAUUCUAAAAAAUGUCACUGGUUACCAAAUUGUUGGUAGUGAAGCAUGGAUUACUGCAGUCAAUCUAGUAACACCAGCAAGUUACAACAUAUUUGCAGGAGCCAUUGGUUUUGAUGUGGGGAAACUGAACAUUAAUAGUUUUGCUGACUAUGUUGUUAAUGAAUUUUGGCGAACAGUGUAUCCUUGCUUAAAUACAGAGAAAAACGAAUCUCAAUCAGGCAACAGCUGCAGUGAAUAUAAAGAUAUGAUUCCAUUCAAAAAUUACAGUAAAGAUAUAUCAGAAUUUAGAUAUGCAAAAAACCUUUACAAUGCAGUUUAUGCUGUGGCCCAUUCGCUACAAAGCCUGUUGAGAUGCAGAGAAAAUCAGAGUUGUAAGAAAGACAAAACAAUACAACCAUGGCAGGUUGUUCUAUCUUUACAAAGUGUAAAUUUUACCAACAAUUUGGGAGAACAGGUGUGGUUUGACAGUACUGGAGCAAUAGCAGCAAAAUAUGAUGUUAUUAAUUGGCAACGGGGGUUUGAUGGAGAAGUGCAGUUUAAAGUUGUGGGCUAUUAUGAUGCCUCACUGCCAACUGGACAUCAAUUUGUCCUAAAUGAAAAAGAUAUAGUCUGGGCUGCAGAGACAAGAGAGAAGCCAAGGUCUGUAUGCAGUGAGAGCUGUCCUCCAGGCACUAGAAAAGCUGCACAGAAAGGAAGGCCUGUCUGCUGUUAUGACUGUAUACCAUGUGCAGAUGGAGAGAUCAGUAACCAGACAGAUUCAAAUAACUGUGAGCAGUGUCCAAGAGAAUAUUGGUCUAAUGCUGACAGAGAUAAAUGUGUGUUAAAGGUCAUAGAGUUUCUUUCAUUUACAGAGGUUAUGGGAAUAAUACUAGUGCUUUUUUCAUUGUUGGGCACAAUAUUAACGGUGUUAGUAGCUGUUUUAUUUUUAAUAGAAAGAGAAACUCCUAUUGUUAAGGCCAACAACUCUGAGCUGAGCUUCCUGCUCCUGUUCUCUCUGACUCUGUGUUUCCUCUGUUCACUUACUUUCAUUGGACGGCCUUCUGAGUGGUCCUGUAUGUUGCGUCAUCCAGCUUUUGGGAUUACAUUUGUCCUCUGUAUCUCUUGUGUUUUGGGUAAAACAGUAGUUGUGCUAAUGGCCUUCAGGGCUACACUUCCAGGCAGUAAUGUCAUGAAAUAUUUUGGGCCUUUACAGCAGAGACUCAGUGUACUUGUCUUUACUCUCAUACAAGUCCUCAUUUGUGUGUUUUGGUUAAGAGUUUCUCCUCCUUACCCUUACAAGAACAUGAAGUACUACAAGGAAAAGAUUAUAUUAGAAUGUAGCUUGGGCUCAGCUAUAGGUUUCUGGGCUGUACUGGGUUAUAUAGGAGUUCUUGCAUUUUUGUGCCUUGCUUUGUCUUUUUUAGCUAGAAAGCUGCCAGAUAAUUUUAAUGAGGCUAAAUUCAUUACAUUCAGCAUACUUAUAUUCUGUGCUGUGUGGAUCACCUUCAUUCCUGCUUAUGUCAGCUCUCCUGGAAAAUUUACUGUAGCUGUGGAGAUAUUUGCUAUUUUAGCUUCCAGUUUUGCUUUACUAUUCUGUAUAUUUACCCCUAAAUGUUAUAUUAUUCUGUUUAAACCUAAACUAAACACAAAGAAACAUAUGAUGGGCAAAAUAGCAUCUAAAUCACUUUAA